CCCUGACCCUUUACUCCUGGGUUAAGUCCUCCAGGGUGGGCGAGGAUUGGGAGAGGGGAAGGUUGAAGGUUGAAGACGGUGCCAAGGCACAACACUACCAAAACGCUUCUCAGACACAGCAGUUUCCCAGGACCGUGUCCACCUUCCUUUUCUCCCAGAGUAUCUUUUCCCGGGUUUAUGCUGGAACCUUGGAAUGGUUUGGGAACCAAUGAGGUGGCAGCGGUUGAUUCAUGGAUCGCGGAAAUUAUAAGUAUUUGACCUUACUCAAAAUGUACAAAGAAGAAUAAUGGAAGCCCCUGAAUACCUUGAUUUGGAUGAAAUUGACUUUAGUGAUGACAUUUCUUAUUCAGUCACAUCUCUCAAGACCAUCCCAGCCCUGUGCAGAAGAUGUGACUCACAAAACGAAGACAGAACAGCUAUCACCUACUGCAUGCCGCCCGGCUGGACACUCCUGGGGGCAGAAAGAGAUUCUCUGAACAUAGAGGACCAAGGACUCACAGAUGGAAUAAAGUGGGGAAAUGGUCAGUUGGAGUGUGUACGCUGGAUGGUGAGUGAAACAGAAGCCAUUGCAGAACUGAGUUGUUCCAAGGAUUUCCCAAGCCUUAUUCAUUAUGCAGGUUGCUAUGGACAGGAGAAGAUUCUUCUGUGGCUUCUUCAGUUCAUGCAAGAACAAGGCAUCUCACUGGAUGAAGUGGACCAGGAAGGCAACAGCGCUGUUCACGUGGCCUCGCAGCAUGGCUACCUUGGAUGCAUACAGACCCUGGUGGAGUAUGGAGCAAAUGUCACUAUGCAGAACCACGCUGGGGAAAAGCCUUCCCAGAGUGCUGAGCGACACGGGCACACGCUAUGCUCCCGGUACCUAGUAGUAGUAGAGACCUGCAUGUCACUGGCCUCACAAGUGGUAAAGUUGACCAAGCAGCUGAAGGAGCAGACAGUGGAGCGUGUCACACUGCAGAGCCAACUCCAGCAACUCCUAGAAGCCCAGAAAUCAGAGGGAAAAUCACUCCCCACUUCCCCCAGUUCACCCUCCUCACCAGCUUCUAGAAAGUCCCAGUGGAAAGUUCUAGAUGCAGAUGAUGAGGCUACAGGCAAAAGCAAACUGGGAGCCCAGGAGGGGAUACAAGUCCUUGGAAGCUUAUCAGUCUCCAGUAGGGCUAGGACCAAAGGAAAAGAUGAAGACUCUGAUAAAAUCCUACGUCAGUUAUUGGGGAAAGAAAUAUCAGAGAAUGUCUGCACCCAGGAAAAGCUGUCAUUGGAAUUCCAGGAUGCUCAGGUCUCCUCCAGGAAUUCGAAAAAGAUUCCUCUAGAGAAGAGGGAGCUGAAGCUAGCCAGACUACGUCAGCUGAUGCAGAGAUCAUUGAGCGAAUCUGACACGGACUCAAACAACUCUGAAGACCCCAAAAACACUCCUGUGAAAAAAACAGACAGGCCCAGGCCCCAGCCCAUUGUGGAAAGUGUGGAGAAUAUGGACAGCACAGAAAGCUUACACCUGAUGAUAAAGAAACACUCUCUGGCAUCGGGACGCAGGUUUCCUUUUGGUAUGAAGGCCUCCAAGUCCCUGGAUGGGCACAGCCCAUCUCCCACCUCAGAGAGCAGUGAACCAGACUUGGACUCCCACUGUCCAGGCUUGGGGAUGACUUCUCCAACCCAGCCUUCUACAGACCCCACUCAGUCAAGUGCUGACAGUUCCAUUGCCCAAAAAGUUGCCACAAGCCCCAAGAGUGCCCUCAAGUCUCCAUCAUCCAAGCGUCGGACAUCCCAAAACUCAAAACUCAGAGUGACCUUCGAGGAGCCUAUCGUGCAAAUGGAGCAAACUAGCCUGGAGCUAAACGGAGAAAAAGACAAAGAGAGGAGCAGGGCCCCCCAGAGGACUAGUGACUCGGGGGAGCAAAUGAAAAGGCCUUUUGGAACCUUCCGGUCCAUCAUGGAGACUUUGAGUGGUAAUCAGAACAAUAGCAAUAACUACCAGCCAGCUAGCCAGCUGAAGACCUGCACGCUGCCCUUAGCGUCGCUUGGAAAGAAGACAGCAGAUGCCAAGGCAAACCCUGUGAACCCCACUAGCAAAGGGAAGAAUAAGGCAGUGAUGUACAGCAGCUGUAUCCACCUUCCCUCUAACGCGCUGACUGAAGAACACCCACGUGACUCUGCACGGCAUAAUAAUAUCAAUCGUGACAUGAAGAAAACCUCCAGCAUAAAGCACAUUGCUGAGCCAGAGUCAAAGGAACUCUUCUUAUAAAUCGCUCUUCUUAUGAGUCUCAUGCACGCCCUCCAGCCACCAUUGGGAGUUACUGGACACCCCACUAUGGCGAUCAGACCACAAGAACCUCACCAGCGGAGCAGGAUAUCUGGAUGCCUUAAAUUUAUAAUAUGAGACUUAUUAUAAGAUACAUUUUGGACCAUAUCUGUAUAUAGAACUUGUUUGUUUUUUAAGAUGCUAUUUGAAAACAUGACUGGGCAAUGUAUGCAUCGAAACGUUUGACACUUGGUUGACUCAACCUUCUCAAAGCACAUCCACCAGCCCCCCACACCGUCC